GUUUCACUUUACAAUGAAACAGGAAGUUAAUAGACUAUAUAUAAAUAUCACAUGAUUUGAGCACAGUCCCAAAUCAGACCUACAGCCAUCUAUCUACACUAGAGCUAAUAAUCAACCUAGGGUGUUAAGCAUGUUAUCCCUCCUAAUACUUCUGCUGAAUCUUACCAAUCAUGCUUUUGGACAAAAUCCUGCAAUAAAGGCCAUAUUGUCAAAUAAAGGACUUCAAUAUGGGUCACACAUUGGGGCUGAUUGGAUGCAGGAGAAGAUAGGUAGUGUGAUCAUACCAGAUGUCAGAGGUGGUGUUGACAUUGGUAUAGGAACGGUGCACUACGUCCUUGACGGAAUCUCAGUGUCUGGGUGUGAUGUUCCAGAGCCUUCAGUGGAGUUCUAUGAGGGCGUGGGACUCAAGGCUGUGAUCAGUGGCCUCAGCAUUUCAAUGAGUGGAAAUUGGCACACACGUUUUGGCAUCAUAACCGAUGGUGGCUCAUUUGACCUGGCAGUGUUCAAUGUGGACGUGACCUCUGUGGUGCAGAUAGGAAGUGAUCAGAGUGGACACAUUUCUAUCUCCAGCGAAAACUGUGAUGCCAGUGUCGGUGAGGCAUCAAUCAAUUUCCAUGGAGGAGCCAGUUUGAUCUUCCAGCCAUUUGUGAGCCUUUUCCACCAUCGCAUUAAAGCUAUAAUUGAGGAAAGAAUCUGCCCAUUGGUUGAAGAGCAUGUUACCGAUUUGGAGCGACAUCUAUCAGAAAUGCAAGUGUCCUUCAAGGUCAAUUCUGCUCUAGUUUUGGACGUCCCCCUCACUAACUCACCCCUCGUCGAUUCUAUUAGCCUUGGUCUGGAUUUGAAGGGUGAGUUCUACAGUGUUCAGAGUCACACAGAUCCUCCUUUUAAGGCCGAGCCUUUUAAUCUGCCAGAGGACAAAGGCCACAUGCUCUCCCUGGGCCUGUCUGAAUUCACUGUCAACUCUGCCUCCUAUGCUUACUUCUCCGCUGGACUCCUGCAGGCCCAAAUAAACGACAGCAUGAUCCCCAAGACCUCUCCUUUCCGUCUCAACACAACCUCCUUCGGGCCUCUCAUCCCUCAGCUUCCCAAGCUCUUCCCCAACAUGCUGAUGGAACUGCAGGUGUAUGCCAGGAACGUUCCAAUAUUUUCCUUCCAGGCUGAUAAGGUUACAAUGGAAUUUCCAGGUGCUGUUAAGGCCUUUGCCAUCCAGCCAAAUGCUUCACGGACUCCACUGUUCAAGCUCAAUGUUGACUCCAUUUUUAGUGGGAUGAUACGCAUUUCAGAAGAGAAACUCAAAGGCUUGGUGGAACUAAGCAAUUUUACCCUGACACUUGCAUCAAGUGAAGUGGGAACAUUCCAGACUGCAGCCCUGGAAAAGUUUAUGAAGCUGGGGAUGAAGAUUACAGUGUUAGCUAAACUGAACGCCAAACUGGAGGAGGGCAUUGUUUUACCCACCAUGCACCACAUCCAUCUGGUUAACCCUGCGCUGAAGAUCCAGCAGGGAUUUGUGUCCAUUGCAUCAGACCUUGAUGUUAAAUCUGGCGAGGGAGAGAGCCUUUCUGAAGGGAUUUACCAUUACCGACUAUAUGCAGGUGACAUUUCCACCUGGAUGACAGCACAUAAUUAGCAAGACGGAGAUGCUCUUCAUCCGAGGGAAUGCCUGCCCAUUCUCAGAAAUGAGAUCAUCUGAGAUGAUCACGUCGUUUACAUUCCAGUCCUUGUCAGCUCCAUAUUUGACGACUUCAACUCACACCCUGUUGGAAUCUCUGCAUUAUCAGAUUCGCCUCUGUUAUUAAUCUCUAUAUUGUAAUCAAAAAAAGUGUUUCAAAAUGCUGUACUUUUAUUAAUAUAUAUGUUCAGAUCAUUCUUGAGAAAUAAGGGGUGUAAUAUCUCCAGAUGGGUGUGUGGUUGUCAUGCCCUGGCCAUAGAGAGACUUUUAUUCUCUAUUUUGGUUAGGCCAGGGCGUGACUAGG